CUCGGCCAAAACCCCCUCGCCGUCUCCAGACAGUCCAGACCCCUUCGCGGUAGCGCUGGCGGCCGCUCCAGCUCUAGCACUACUACUAGCAGUCGCUCAUCAGCGUCCGGACGAAACGGUAGUGAUUGCGUCACAACGGUCGGUCCUUCUCACUUCGUCUUUUCGCCCGCGUCGAAGCGUGUCCUUAGGAAUACCAUGGCAUCCGUAUGCAUCAUUGGCUCCGGAAACUGGGGCUCGGCCAUCGCCAAGAUAGUCGGCACGAACGCGAAGAAACAGAACAGCUUCGCCGACCGUGUUACCAUGUACGUUUACGAGGAAAUUAUCGAUGGGAAGAAACUAACGGAGAUUAUUAACCAGACGCACGAGAACAUCAAGUAUCUUCCAGGGCAUAAGAUUCCUGAGAACGUGGUUGCAAUCCCAGACGUGAUAGAGGCUGCGAAGGACGCGGACAUACUCAUAUUUGUGGUCCCGCAUCAGUUCAUCCACAGGAUAUGCAACAGCUUGCAGGGAAAGAUCAAACCCACUGCCGUCGGGCUGUCGUUAAUUAAGGGCUUCGACAAGAAAGAGGGUGGCGGCAUCGAACUUAUAUCUCACAUUAUUUCUAAACAACUGCAAAUUCCAAUCUCAGUUCUGAUGGGCGCUAACUUGGCUUCUGAGGUGGCCGACGAGAUGUUUUGCGAGACCACCAUUGGCUGCAAGGACAAAGUGAUGGCGCCGAUACUCCGCAACUUGAUUCAAACGUCGUAUUUCAGGGUGGUAGUCGUCGAAGAUGUGGAUUCUGUGGAGUGUUGCGGAGCGCUGAAGAAUAUAGUUGCUUGCGGCGCUGGUUUCGUCGAUGGAUUGGGUCUAGGUGAUAAUACGAAGGCUGCAGUGAUCAGACUGGGCCUUAUGGAAAUGAUCAAAUUUGUUGAUGUGUUCUUUCCGGGCGGAAAGUUAUCGACCUUCUUUGAGAGUUGUGGAGUGGCCGAUCUAAUCACGACAUGUUAUGGUGGACGUAAUAGAAAAGUAUCGGAGGCCUUCAUCAAAACUGGCAAGUCAAUCGAGACGCUGGAGAAGGAAAUGUUGAACGGACAGAAACUGCAGGGGCCGUUCACUGCCGAAGAGGUCAAUUACAUGCUAAAAUCAAAGAACAUGGAAAAUAGGUUUCCAUUGUUCACGGCAAUUCACCGGAUUUGCAUUCGUGAGCUAAAACCUACGGACUUUAUCGACUGCAUACGCAGCCAUCCGGAACACAUGGACGAGGACAUCUCGCCGUCAUCGAUGAUGCUCAAGUCGCCCAAGUGCCAUCUUUGAGGAUAUCGUGCGUCAUUCUUCGAGGGAAGACUGGUCGUCAUUGAAAAUCAACAUCUUAGAUUAUACAAAUGUGAUGCUUAAUAAUACAUUGAAUUUAUUUAUUGUUAAACCGAAGUGAAGCAUUAGUUAAACUUUAGUUUGAUAAUAAAUAAACUUUGGAGUUCAAUUUUUUAUUGCGUUAUAUGUACUAGUGUUCUUAACCCAGAAAAAUAUUCAGAAAUUUGGAGUAAAAAUGUUUUAUUUCUGAUUUUUGCUUUACCGCAUUUUCCAGGAUUUUUCUUUGAAGAUAACAUUUUUAUUGUGAAUGAUUUUAAGAUUUCUCUCGCUUAAGGAACUUUUAGUUUAGAGCACAGAAAAUAGUAGUUUAUUCUUGAGAAUUUUUUAUAAACAAACUGUAGAUACUUUUGUACAUACUCUAAGUGAUAAACAGUCAUUAUUAUAUUAGUAUUUUACAUAUACGUAAGAGUUGAAACCGGUAGCUUCGGUAAUUUCUGAGAAAUCAUAACAGCCAACUCAAACAUUGUUUGUUUUAGAUUUACGUAACAUAAAAAAAUUAAUGAACAUUUAGCCACUAAAUUUGUAAAUAUUUGCUAAAUAUAUAAAGAUAGAUAUAUAAAAACAUAAAAAGGUACAAAUAUUUGUAGUUAAAAAGAAAUAAAAAAUAUAGACAAAUUUGGCACUCUGAACUGUAACAUUUUCUUAAAUCAAAUUAAAAAUAGCAAUUACUGACAUUACAGAUUCGAAUUUUUUUCGAUUUUGCUUUACAGAUUAAAAAAUGUUUUCGCGUCUUUAAAGUAUAUAUAGGAAUAAAUACUGAGAGACUUAACUUCAACCAAAAAUUUAAAAAAUUAAAAUUGCAUGACAUCUAGGUAAUUUUAUUUUUUUUCAAGAAUUCCGUUACUUUAAUAUCUAUUGUAAGAAGUCUAAUAAGUAAUUUAUUAAUAGUUAUAAUAAAAGUUUGCUAUUAUUUUAUUAUUAAUAGUCUUUUUCGUAUUUUGGGGGGAAAACAGAAAAGUUCAAUUUUUUCGUCAAUUUUAUUUUUCUGGAAAAUUAAGAACACACUACUUAUUAUAAUGCUAAUAAUUUUUAGAAUCCCAGUAUUACUAUAACAGUUUUAUCUUUACCUAAAAAAAUAAAUUCUUGAAAUUCUUUAAAAAACUUUUCUAUUGAUAGUUUUGGUGAUCUAUGAAAAAAUCUAGCAUUUCUUAUAAGGAAUCAUUAAUCGUGUAAUGUUUUGUUAUAUAAUAUAAUAUGUUCCUUGUCAUCAAUUGUAAUUAUAUAAUAGAAAAUUAUUUUGGUAAAGAAUUAAGCAAUUUGUAAACAGUUUACGUUCUCUUUUUUUUCUUUUCUCUCAACUCUGAUGUUCUUAAGAACCAUCUUUCAAAUCCACCUUUGUGUUCUAAUUAUGUGGUCUAAUUAUAAAUAGAAAUAAAAAUAAAUUUGUAGAUA